GAUCUUCCCCCCGCCCCUCCUCAUCCUCACUUCUGCUGUGCAUCCUCUUCAGGUGUGUGCGGCGCCCACAUCCCUUGAGGAUCGUCGUGAGUUGUGCUUCGGAACUAUGUGGCUGCUACUUUUCAGUCUGCUUUCCUGUGCGUCCUCAUUUGAAGUGGACGUCGACAAGCUGGAGGGGCUGGCUCGAGCCAGGGUGGAGACAUGUGGUGGAUGACAGUUGAAUAGACUCAGAGAGGUCAAAGCCUUUGUGGUCCAGGACAUUCCUCUUUACCAUAACCUGGUGAUGAAGCACAUUCCUGGGGCCGACCCUGAGCUUGUCCUCCUGAACCAUUACUAUGAGGAGCUGGAGCGCAUCGCCUUGUCUGAUAUGACACGCUCGGAGAUCAAUGAGCUUCUGGGCAAACUGGGUUUCUACAAGAAGCUCCAAGCAGAUGACGAAGUGCCAGAAGAGUUCCGGUUUGCUCCCGCCAAAGACAGCCCGUUUAAAAGUGAGCCAGAGUACAAGCCCGCCACUGCCUCUGUGGUCACUCAGAACACCCCUGCCACCUCAGAGCCUGAACCCGAGGCCAAGCACCUUGACCUAUAACAAUGUUACAAUAUGGGACUGCUGGACAAGGCCAUCAGAUUCUGGAAAAGAGGAAGGACAAACUCUUUGCUUUACUAUUUUUUUUUCCUCUGCACUGAUUGGUUCAUAGCAUAUCAUUUGUCAUUCUCGGUUAUGUGUUGGCUAUUUUGAGGUCGCCUCACUUGUGUCCUCUUGUGUCUGCUUCCGACUCACUGAGCUACCUAAUGAAGCCGCAGACUAAAAAUCUGUUGAUUGGUCUGAGGCUGAUGCUACAUGUACUGGUGGGUUGGCUGCUACACACAAGAUUCAAGUGUCACCACUGUAAAGGAAUAAAAUGUUUACAACAAAUGCA